AUGGAUGAGCCACUGCCUAAGUCUGAGGCCGUCGCGGCUGGUCCCAUAUUGGACGGAAGUAAUAGGGACGAGAAGAAUAAUGUAGAGACAGCGACGGCACCCGCGAAGACUAUCGGAGCGACCUCUCUUGCUUCUACCAUACAAUCUUUUACCGAUGGAGCAUUGCACUUCCUGUCUCACGCCAGCAAUGAGACACUCGGAGCAUGCUUGGUGGGCCUAGGCGCAUCGACAUAUCUGGUCCUCGGCAGGGUCGGACUCUUAUUCAUCGGUGUCGCAGGAGGCGUGGUACUGCAUGCGACAUGGGAGGGCGUGCGCCAAGAUGAUCGAGACGAGGCUACAAAGCGUGCGGAGCAGGAGCACAAGAGGGAGGUAGGGGUGCAGGUCGCGAAGAGGUUGUUGGACUGGAGAAGUUCUGCGAGAGCAGCACCAGAGGAGGAGUCGGAUGCUAUCAAGAUCUAUGCAGAUCAGCAACUGGACUUCUCCGCCUUCGAAGCCGAGACUGAAAAGGCCUUGAACACUUUCGCCGAUGCGAUUAUUAAAGACUAUGUACAUUACUGGUACGACCCGACUAUUCCAGGCGAGGAGUCCUUCCCUGCUUCCUGUCGACGAACUCUGGUUGCCUUCUUGUUGUCAUUGUCUGGGCAUCUGAAACGCAAGCGACCUGCAGAUGCCUUCCUCGACUUCCUCACGAACGCCAGCAGCAUCAUCAUCGUCUUCCUUACCGAGCUGGCUUCUGCUAUGAAUGCUUCGCCGAACUCUUCUGCCGAGGACGCGAUAUCGACGUAUCUCGAAAUGAAGCCGGACAGCAGUCUAUCGUAUCUGUUGAAUCAAGACUCACAGAAUGCUAGACUGGCGGAUGCUGCCGAGGAUAUCCUGCAAGCAUACCUUGAUUCGAAGGCAUACAAUUGUCCUCCGGUUCGAGCAUUCCUGAAGCAGAUUCUGGCGAACCUUGUGCUUGGCUACACGGUCACUUACUGCUCGGACGCGGCUUUCAUCAAUGGGUGGAUUGUGUAUGGGCUGGAGGAGAGUGAGACCACCAAGGAGGUUAUGAAUAUGGUGGACGCGGGCGUCGAAGGUCGUCAGACUGAAAAGGUGGCGAAGACUUCUGUGUCUGAAGUAGACGAUCAGGCGCGAACGUCACCCAUGCAAAGCGCCGAUGAGGCUGCAAUUGAUGUGCACCCAUCUGAGCGACCAAGGUUGGAGCACCGUAGGCAGACAAGCAGAGCAGAAGAGGCCAUGGACGAAGCCAUGCGAGAAGCAAGACGACUGACGCAAAUGAUGAUUGAAGAGGAUGAGCGCCGAGCGAAAGAAGAGGCUGAGAAGGAGGCAGCCGCUAGCAGUUCCGAGGACGUAUCUGGUGCGACUACACAAGGUGUCGCCACCCCGACUUCCAGUCAGAGCGAUAAAGAGCGGCAAGAUGAAGAGGCUACUGCCUGGAGCCAGGCCGACUCUUCCGUCGCAGAUACAAUGACGAGCGCCGACUUCAGCUCAAGGCCGAUGACUCCGGUCACCAAGCAGCCUUUUACAUCUUUCGAUCAGAUCCUACCCCCACAGGCAACCACUUUGACCGACAGUCCUGAAAGACAGCGUUCCCAACCUGCUCCCCUAACGUUACACAACGCUACUAUCUCUAUAUUCGACGACAGCGUGCCAGGCGAUCGUGCUUCGAUAAAAGCCAAGCCACAAACAGAUUACCUGAUCCAGAUCGAACCUGCGACGUCAGCAUAUCCAGGGUGGAUGAUCUCACGAAAGUUUCCAGACUUCGAAAUUCUGCACGAGGUCCUUCGCCGGAUCAGUGUCAUUACGGGUGUCAAGGGCUUCCAUGCCGAGCUGCCGAAGUGGAGGAACAACACUAAAGCCGGUCUGAGAGGCGAGCUGGAACGCUAUCUAUCUGACGCCGUGACGUGGCGGUCGCUCGCGGAAAGCGAAGGCAUGAAGAGGUUUCUGGAGAAGGAUCAGGGUCUGGCGAAGUCACCGGGUGAGCGUGCGAAAGGAUUCGGGUGGCCUACGCCGGAUGCGUUUGGGAAGCUAGGUGGAGAGAUGAUGGGAGUGCUUACGAAAGCGCCGAAGCAGGUUGCUGGUGGUGGCAAGGCUGUCUUCGGCGGCGUGGCAGGCCUUGUCGGGGGUGUUGGUGGGAAGAAGGCUUUGCCCGGCCAGACUGGGAACGGUUUGAGCAGGACGAGUACUGCGUCAGGCGCGGAGCUUCCUUUGUCACAUAAGACCCAGGCCAGUAUCAGUAGCGGCUCCAUUGGCGGCAUGGCAGCUGCGAGACAAAGCCAGGAGAGUGUGAGGUCUUUGGCUAGAGGAAGUAUCGCUACCAAUGCCAGCAUGGACUCGAGCUACCGACAAAGCAUAUCAUCACAGUAUAGUGGAGACUUUGGACAGUCGAAAGAGUCGCUACAAGAGGAACAACCGGCAGACAGAACACUGAUUCCGAACAUUGAUGGUGGGUUGGAGCCCAUGAUCAGCCUACCACCGCGGCCUGACGAUAUGCCUGCGGACUUCACAGCCGAGAAUGUGGCUGCGAAGCGAAGUGUAGAGAUGCCGCGAGUCUCAGAUGAGCACCCACGUGCAGCACCAGCACUCCCAACACGCCCGCAGCUGCAAGACGCGAACCCAGCGUCUUCACCCACGAAAGCAAAAAAGCCGGGUAUCACCGAACGUGAAACUAGCGUAGCAAUCGAACUCCUCUUCGCCACAAUAAAUCAACUCUACACCCUCUCCGGCGCCUGGCAAAUCCGCCUCACGCUCCUUAACGCCGCCAAAUCCUUCCUCCUCCGGCCCGGGAACCCACAACUCCUAAACAUAAAAUCUAUGCUCCAAACAUCCCUCCUUGACUCGAAUAUCUCCGACUCCGGCUUAGCGGGACAUGUCUACAAGCUUCGCGAGAAUGCCUUACCGACUGAAGAGGAAAUGGAGAUUUGGCGGAGAGAUUAUCCGGCUAAGACCGAUGAGGAGAAGGAGGAGUUGAGGAUUAAGGCGAGGGUGUUGCUGGUGAAGAAGGGGAUACCGAUGGCUUUGCAGAGUAUUAUGGGGGCUGCGGCUAGUGGGGAGGCGCUAGGGAAGGUGUUUGAUGCGUUGCAGGUUCCUAGUGUGGGAAGGGGAGUUGUGGCGGGUGUGUUGAUGCAGGCUGUUGGUAUCUUGAGAGCGUGA